UUGAGAGGACUCAUGGCUAUGGCUAUAACAUCAAACCUCAUCCAAAACAAGCGGGCUCACAACCACCACAUUUUACUUCACACCCACCCACGUAGACAACGGGAACAUGGCGAUGGCAAUAGCCAGGCCGCCGGCAACCAUGUCCUCCGCGACGGCCUCUUCAAGUUCCAAUCGGAAGCCACCGUUUUCAUCACCCGCCACCAUCUCCAUCAAAUCCCAUCGGAGCCUGAGAGUUUCAAGAAGGGAUUUGUUGAGUGCAGGGCUGAGUUUCAUGCCUCUGCUCACUAUUCCUCCCCCGCCUACAAAACCUAAGGAAGUUGAAGGUGGAUCUUACCUUCCUCCAUCGCCACCCGUCCCUUCUUUUGUCGUCUACAAAGCCAAACCCACCAUUGACACUGCUUCAGUUGAUUUCAGGAAAUGUACAGCCAUACAGAUUUAUUCUUCCUCCUACAUGGAAACAUACUCGUACGGAAAACAUAUCUUAUGGGAACUACUGCCAACCAAAGUGUGCAGAGUCCAGAUGAAGUCCUCAAAACAUCCAUUGAGAAGUGUGGUGAUCUAACGUGCAGGUUUGCUCUUGAAACUCGUUAUGAAUUGACUGGGUCCGUCAACCUCGCGGAAGCAACAGCAGUUGGAGAUACGGCUGCCCCCUUUGUGGCCAGUGCCAAUCAGAAACAUUGGAAUUCAUCCACUAGAAGAUUUAGAACCAAUCCUUGAUUUCUUUCAUGGGAAAAGUCUGUAUCUUCCAUUUUUUGUUCAUUCUGUAGUUGUAUUCCAUAUUUCCAUCUAGGUGUGAAUCUGGCCCGAGUUCUGAAACUUGACCUAGACUGGGCAGGUAAAAAACUGAAUUGGAGCCCAUUUUUUGGUUCCAGACCUGAACCGGUAUGACACAAGAUCAAACAGGUUCCAGUUUUUUCAAGACUGGAUCAGUUUGGGUCCCUUUUUUUGGAAAAUUUGCUGAAUAACUGGAAUGCGUGUAUAACUUACCCUAGAACCACAGCCUAAUACAGUUUUAUGGCUAGGUGUACUUUUGUACUUUUGGACAUGUAAUCAGCUGGUGUCCUUAAUUCCAGUUUACAUGAUACUCCGUAUUUACUAUCAUUUGGUCAAACAGCUACUUCUUUCAUAGUUUAUAUUGUUAAAUGUUCUUCUAUAAGUAAAUAGCAUUGAUGUUUUAUUUAAUGUAAAUCUGGACGUAGAGUUUAAUUUUAUAAGUUUUGGUGUGCUUUGAGUA